AUGGCACCUAUCGCAAAACAGGCUAUAAAGCUGACCCAGAGACUCAAUCGUGGCCCCGUUCGAACACUGUCUCUCAAUCUCAUCGAGGAAGCAACCAAGAAGCCUGACUUGGCUCAUUUUACACGAGCAGAAUUGAGGAGCCCAAGCCAUACUAGCAAAUCUGACCCUCGACCCCAUGUCACUGCUAGCCUAGCCACCGAAGCACAAGCAGCUGCAGGCAAAGUUCAGGUUGUCCACAUUUACCACGAUUCAAACAACUAUAUCGGACACCAGUUAUAUGAGGAACAAGAUGCGAAAUGA